AUGGCGAAGAAGAGCACGAUCGAGAAGAACAAGCGGCGCCAGCAGAUGGCGAAGCGGGAUGCGGCCAAGCGGGCAGACCUGCGCGCCAUCGUGCGCGACCGCUCGCUCCCGGCGGAGGAACGCUUCGCGGCGCAGCUCAAGCUCGCGCAGCUGCCGCGCAACGGGGCGCAGGUGCGGGUGCGGAACCGCUGUGGGCUGACCGGCCGGCCGCGCGGCAACUACCGCAAGUUCGGGCUGUCGCGUAUUGCGCUCCGGGAGCUGGCCUCGGCGGGCCAGGUGCCCGGAAUGGUGAAAUCGAGCUGGUGA